GCCGGAGAGGAGCUGGGGGAGGACGGUGGCCCGCGAGGCUCGUCGCAGACAACGCGGCGGCGAUGUCCGCGAGCCAGGCGAGUGCCGCGGCGGCAGCGGCGGGGCCUCGUGCGCUACAGGACGGCCUGGGCUUCGGCCUCCCUCCGGUUCCCUGGAAGCGGGCCGGCGACCAGCGCGGGAGCAGCAGAAGCAGAGGCGGAGGCUCCAGCGCGUCUCUCUGCCCCUCCGCCUGAGCCCGGGGAGGCCAGGCGGCCGGGCGGCUGGAGGGGGUCCGCUGCCCGAGAAUGGGAAUUCUCUUCACCAGGAUAUGGAGACUGUUCAAUCACCAGGAGCACAAAGUUAUAAUUGUUGGGCUGGAUAAUGCUGGGAAAACUACCAUCCUUUACCAAUUUUCUAUGAAUGAAGUUGUACACACAUCCCCUACAAUAGGAAGUAAUGUAGAAGAGAUAGUGAUUAAUAAUACACGUUUCCUAAUGUGGGAUAUUGGUGGCCAAGAAUCUCUUCGUUCUUCCUGGAACACUUACUAUACUAACACAGAGUUUGUAAUAGUUGUUGUGGACAGUACAGACAGAGAGAGGAUUUCUGUAACUAGAGAAGAACUCUAUAAAAUGUUAGCACAUGAGCAUGCCAGCCUUAGCAAACCUGACGUAUAUAAAGACUUCAACACACACCAGCAAGAGAUACUGAAACCUAGGAAGGACUUAAGGAAAGCUGGUUUGCUGAUUUUUGCUAAUAAGCAAGAUGUUAAAGAAUGCAUGACUGUAGCAGAAAUCUCUCAGUUUUUGAAGCUGACUUCUAUCAAAGAUCACCAGUGGCAUAUCCAGGCCUGCUGUGCUCUUACUGGAGAGGGAUUAUGUCAAGGACUUGAAUGGAUGAUGUCCCGACUUAAGAUUAGAUGAUCUCUACUGACCUCGUCUUACAGACUUUGUGUAAACAGUGUGCUGGACUUUACCUGAAAGCUGCAAAAUUUAAUGGUUUAGAUAUAUUUAUAAUAAACUGAUUUAAACAUUUUCUAUAAGAAGAAAAAUUCAGACCACUUGUUUGAAAACAAAGAUGAAGUCUCACUUUCCAAUUUACUUUCUCAUUAUUCCUUCCAAAGUAAGUUAUGAAAGCUGUGAUUGACAUUUUUCUCAUAAUGAAUGCUCUCAGGACAUUGUGUAGCCUGUGGUAAGUACAAAGGGAGAGGAAUGCAUUUUGAACUUCUAAGAGCUUUAGUAUCAGUAUAACCUCCCUUGUUGAAUGUUGUCAUUUUCUUGUUCCAUUUAGUCAAACUACAAAUCACAGAUACUAGGUUUCCAAUAUUUUAAAAUGUAACAUUACUUAUGAAAAGUAUUUUGUGUAUGUAUUGUAUAUAUACCUCAAGUCAAGUUAAUGGCUUUGGUUUAUGUGCUAAAGAAAAGCAAGUAACACAAAAAUUAAUAAUAUUCUUGGUUAUAACCAUAAUGAGAUGAGCACUGGCAUUGGUGGUAAGUGCCAUUUUGUAUGUUUCCUCUUUGUUCUCUGUAUUGUACUAACCAGCCCCCAAAUCAUGGAGCUACUCUUAAAAAAAAAAAAAGAAAAAGUCAAAA